UGUGUGUGUGGUUUUUUUUUAAUCCAGGUAGUUCAUAGGUUAGGGAAACGUAGGUGAGGUGACUCAUUUCUCGUUGACGGAAUGUUUCAGGUGAAUCUUGCGAAGUGAUUUACCAACAAACUCACCUGUAGACCGAUUUAUUUUAUUUUUUAUUUUUUUCAAAAACGAGGAGAAACUGAGGCCAAUGAAUGAACCUUUGUCUCUCAAUCGUUAAGAGGAAGUCCAGAUUGAUGAAAAGGGACGACAGGUCUGAAACAUGCUGUUGCGUGGUGCGUUCACGGUCCUCUUUCUGCUGAGUGGCGCUUCCUCUGUCAUUGUUCCAGCUCCAACAAACGUUACUGUAAGCUGCCAAAAUGUGAAAACCACAGUCAGUUGGAUUUACAACAAACAGCAACCAGACACCACUUUCAAAGUGACCAUACAACCUGAAGAUUCCCAGCCUCAUGUGGUUUACACCAGAGAGCAUUCGUAUGAACUUGGCAGUUUCGUCUGGCAGUCACAGAAACUCUACAUGUCCUUCCUUUAUGUAACCAUAACAGCCAUACAAGGAGGCAACCAGUCUGAGGCUGUGAAAUCAAAUUCAUUUUCCUUCAACAAUUUAAAGACGGUGCAUACAAAAUGUUUUUUAGAUUUUCCUCAUGUGAAUUUAUUGAUGCAUGAGAUGAAAAUGUCAGUGACAUUUCAGAAUCCACUCAGCUUCUACAAAGAACUAAACUCAACUGUUGAAGGAACUUCCUCUGAAUUCACAUUUGAUGUCAUUCUAGAUGAACAUAAAUUCAGUGGGAAAUGCUUUGUGAAGGACAGCUACUGCAAACUGGACGUGAAGUUCUCUGAGGGUGAAGACAAAUGCGUCUCACUUACAGGACAUUUGCUUUACAAUAACGGCAUAAACUUUGUGUCAUUCAGAAAAACACACCGGUUCUGUUCAACUGAGCCACCUGAACAUGAUCAUGGAGUGAAUUAUUUAGCUGUUCUACUCAUGUCCUCCUUUGUUCUGCUGAUCUGUGUGAUGAUAAUUCUUAUCUGCAAGGUGAAAGCUUGGACCACGAAGACACCUGAUCCGCCCAAGAUUCUAGAAUGGACGGUUCAAGCUAACCACACCAACGUGCAUUAUACUGUUACGGCAGUGAUGAGUCCAGUCUCUAUGUACAAGCCUUACAAGACCUCAGUGAUCAAAACAGAAGUCAAAUGUUACCCAGAGAGCUACCAUAUGAGCAGUAGUGGCUCCAACUCCGUCCCUUCUGACACACAUCUCUACAAAGAGACACGAAGACAACUGCAGGACGGCAACCAGGAACUGGAAGCUUUGGGUUUGAUAUCUGGAGAAAACAGGACAGAUAACGACUCUGCAGAUGUUCAGAUCGAGUGCAUUUCUGUCAGUUCCCAAGAAGAGGAAAGAGGGUCCAUAUCACCGUACGACUCCCCACACUUUGUGUUGUUGGAUAUGGGAGAUGGAGACAUGGUCACUGGUUAUUCUGAGAAAAAGAGGGUCUUUUAACUAACUUUUUUCAGGGUUGAAACAGAAGCAGGAAGUUUUAAUGCAAAGCUAAGCUCGAACAUAUCUCAGGGGUCACAAUUAGAGGCUAAAAUUAUACUCUCAGGAAGUUGAACAUACUCAGGUUUUUCUUUUAAGCAGCCAGAUCAGAAGCACUGAUGAACGUUCUAAUUUUACAGUCAAGUGAGUGAGAGAGACAGUGAGACAGAUCAGGUAAACAAGCUGAUCUUCUCAUCACCUUCCAGACAUUUGUAAUUUGCACUCUAUUAAAAUGAGAUUAUAAUCCAAAGGUAUUUUGUUAAUUGUGUGAAGUAUUGUGGUCUGUGUCAAAUUUUAUGCUUUUAUUUCAGUGGCAGGUCACCCAUCUGCAAACAGCAGGUAUUAUAUGUGAACAGUUUUUGCCACAUGUGCAUUUGUACUGACCAGAUUAAUGCUCUGAAGUUUGGAUUGAUUAUUUGCACUACAAAAUAGAUUAAGAGCAGUAUUGGCAAUGUUAUGAGCUGUAACCAAAUGUUUAUUUGUUGCGAGGAAAUCUUUUUGUUCUAGCUCCAUAAGCAAAAAUGUAUACAAAUAUUCUUUUUAAUAUCUGUGAACUGCAAUAGGAUGGUAACACAUUAUACUGCCUUUUAAGAUAGAACCCUUAAACAGCCAGGAUAUAUAUUUAGUGAUUGCUGCAAUGACAGAAAAAUGUUUGACGUUUGCUCAAACUCCCACACCCAAAACAAUCAUCUGCUGCUGAAAAAUGUGUGAYCUGCAAAACUGGAUCUGUGAUGAUUUUUUGUCUUUUUGUUUGAGCAGAGUUGAACAGAGUUGCUCAUUUUUAUUUUGAAGGGAAUGUGUUUAUAUAUUUUAUUAAAAGUCUGUAUUCAGCUGCUACUAUUUCAAUAAAUUUGUAUUCCAUAAACAAAAAAAUGUA